AUGGCUGAAGCAAUUCAAGCCGGAGUCCAGGCCGGAGUUCAAGCCGCUUUCGCCGCCAAUGCCGUGAACGCAGACCCAGCUGCUCAACCGCAGCGUCAACAACGUCGCAAUAACCCGGUGUUCGAGGAACAAAACGACGAUUCCGGUGCUGAUAACCCGUUCGGCGACGACGACAAUCAACAUCCUAAUCUCAACCGAGGACAACAACACAGGAAUGAUAAUGAUUCCCGUUGGUUUUCAGGGAUCAAGGUAGACAUCCCCGAGUUCCAUGGUGGAUCACAACCGGAAGAACUACUUGAUUGGUUGGUAGCCGUCGAUGAAUUCCUUGAGUUCAAAGAAGUUUCAGCAAACAAGCAAGGCAAUCGUUCGGUGGACGAAUACGCGACUGAGUUCUAUCAACUCCUAACUCGUGUAGACAUCCACGAUUCUGAGGAUCAGCUUGUCGCACGAUUCAUUGCAGGCUUACGUCCACAAUUACAGAUCAUGUUACACCAAUUCGACCCGGGUUCGGUGGCAGAAGCUAAGCAACGGGCUUUAUUGGUCGAACAACAAAUGCGGUACACGGCAAACGCGUGGACGGGAAACUCACGGCAACGCAGCAAUACGGUCACAGACGAUAGCAAAACAUCUUCGGGCCUUGAUUCAACGAACAGUACCCGCAGGAAUAAUCGCCCAACAGAAACCAACGCAGCUACCAACACCAAUGAUGCACGACCACCAGCUCGCAUUAACGCUUUACGGUGUUUUACGUGCGGAGAAACCGGACAUAGACAAACAGCUUGUCCUAACGCUGGACGUCGGGGCCUCAUGGCGAAUGACAGAGAUCUGAUAGGCGAUCCCAUAUACGACACGGAGGAUGGGCAAUUUGAUGAUAUCGACGAAGGGGAGUUGAGCGGUGAUACGGGCACUCUGCUUAUGUUGCGACGUAAUUGUUUUGCCCCUAUAUCAAGUGAAGCAGUCCAACGAACAGCUCUCUUCAGCUCCACCUGCACCAUCAAAGGAAAGGUGUGCCGUUUUGUCAUUGACUCAGGGUGCUCGGCUAAUAUAGUUUCCGAGGAAGCUGUACGCAAACUCUCCCUCACAACGGAGAACCACCCCCAUCCAUACCGACUCUCAUGGAUGCAAGCAGGUGCAGAUGUUAAUAUCUCUAAACGCACAUUGCUCACAUUCUCCAUCGGAUCGUCCUACAAGGAUACAGUGUAUUGCGAUGUAGCCCAUAUGGAUGUGUCACACAUAAUUUUGGGUCGGCCUUGGCAAUACGACAGGGAGGUGAUUCACAACGGGAAGCUCAACACAAACUCUUUUAUGUUCCAAGGACGAAAGAUCACGUUGCUUCCUUCCCCAGAAGCCGACCAGGCAUUCGCCAACAACAACCAACGAGAGGACUCAAAAAAGGGUUUGAUAAUCCGAUAA